AUGGUGAGCCUCAGAGGCCAAAAAAUUAGGGUUUCGUACGCCGAUUGGGACGCCACCGACUCGUCGUCCGAAGAAUCCGACGCCGCGGCUUCCGCAGGAUUUAAGAAGAAACCCAACGAGGUGGUCGUCGGCCGGAAGAAAUCGAAGCCCAAGGAGAGGAUACGGCUGAAUAUAACGGCCAAGUCCCUCGGGAAAGAGCAGCUCCCGUUCGGCGUGCAGCGGAGGAAGAGGGGGAAGUACGCGUCCGCGAUCCAGAACCCCCUGACGAAGAAGCGCAUCUGGCUAGGGACCUUCGUCACGGCAGAGGAGGCCGGGGCCGCCUACCUCGCGAAGAAGGAGGAGUUCGAGGAGAAGCUGCGGGCCAAGCGUGCCCGCGAUUGUGCCCGGCGCGUGAAAAAAUUGGCGAAUCGAGAGUCACCGACCUCGGUGCUGGACGCCGGGGCGGCGGAAUCGAAGCCCAAGGAGAGGAUACCGCUGAAAAUGACGGCCAAGUCCCUCGGGAAAGAGCGGCUCCCGCUCGGCGUGCAGCGGAGGAAGAGGGGGAAGUACGCGUCCGCGAUCCAGAACCCCCUGACGAAGAAGCGCAUCUGGCUGGGGACAUUCGCCACGGCGGAGGAGGCCGGGGCUGCCUACCUCGCGAAGGAGGAGGAGUUCGAGGAAAAGCUGCGGGUCAAGCGCGCCCGCGAUUGCGCCCGGCGCGGGAAAAAAUUGGCGAAUUGGGAGUCGCCGACCUCGGUGCUGGAGGUCGGGGCGGCGGAUGGGGGGAUUUCCGGCGGCGAAGCGGCGGCGGAUUUCGGGGUUUUUCGGGGCGUGCGGGUCAUGGACGAAAACGGGGGUCUGUUGGGCGAAUUUGGGUGGCUCGACGAUCUGAGUAUACUUGCAGAUGAGGAUGGCGUCAUUCUGGCAAGAUGA